UUAAACUUGAUUGAGCUCUUUUAAUCCCUCGUGUAUUAUUUAACAAAACCGAACAUUUCAUGUAACAAAAACAUAAGAUGGUGUACAACAUGAUCAUUAACCUCAUUUUCUCUUCAACAAGAUGGUUGUAUUCCCAUUUAUGGUUCUCAGACGUAGUCACGGUGCUCUUCAUCGUCUUUGUCUUCAACUCGAUACUUCAAAGACUCACCUCAAAGGGUCCUAUGAUUUGGCCGGUUUUUGGAAUACUUCCAACGGCGGUUUUAUAUGCAUAUGAUAUUUAUGAUAAGGGUGGCAAUGCUUUGAUCAACUAUGGUGGAACCAUUUACUUUAGAGGUUUAUGGAUGAGUGGUACUCAUGGGAUUCUCACAAGUGAUCCUGUUAAAAUUGAAUACAUGCUCAAGACAAAUUUUAACAACUUCCCAAAAGGGAAAGCUUACAAAGAAAGAUUAUAUGAUUUUCUUGGAGAUGGGAUCUUUAAUGCCGAUGGCGAUUUGUGGAGGAUGCAGCGUCGUGUGGCAAACUCCGAAAUGCAUUCUGCUCGCUUCAUGCGGUUCUCCAUGGAGUCUGUUAAAAAGCUAGUGCAUGAUAAGUUGUUGAAGCUUUUAGAGGCUAGAAAAGGGUGUGUUAUUGAUUUGCAAGAUGUGCUUCUUCGUUUUACGUUUGAGAAUACUUGCGCUAUAGCGUUUGGUGUCGAUACGGGGUGUUUGGAGGUUGAGUUGCCAGAAGCGCCUUUCGCGAAGGCGUUUGAGAUAGCGACUAUCGCGAGUUUGAUAAGGUUCUUGAUCCCUCAUUUUGUGUGGAAGCCAAUGAGGUUUUUUAAAUUAGGGUCUGAGAAAAAACUACAUGAUGCACUUAAAAUUGUGCAUGGUUUUUCUGAGAAAAUAGUAAAAGAGAGAAAAAUGGAAUUGUUAUCUAACAAAGAAGGCAUAAAUGGUACUCCAAGAUUUGACCUUUUGUCAAGGCUUAUCUUGAUGCAACAAGAUAAAAAAGAUGUGUUUUUUAAUGAUAAAUUGCUUCAAGAUUUUUGCAUAAGUUUCAUUUUAGCAGGUAGAGACACAAGCUCAGUGGGAUUAUCAUGGUUUUUCUGGUUAAUCACCAAAAACAAACACGUAGAAACCCGAAUCCUCGACGAAAUCCACGACAUCUUACAACAACGAGAAAACCCGAAGAACAUGUAUGAAAACAUAGCCUUUACAGAAGAAGAGCUUAACAAAAUGGUGUAUCUACAUGCAGCAAUAUCCGAGUCUUUACGUUUGUACCCUCCGGUUUCAUACGACCACAAAGAGCCCCAAGAAGAUGACAUAUUUCCUGAUGGAACACGAGUAAAAAAGGGUGCACGAGUGGUCUACUGCAUGUACGUCAUGGCUAGGAUGGAGAACCUUUGGGGUAAAGAUUGUCGCGAGUUCAGGCCCGAACGGUGGAUUAAAGAUGGCAAGUUUGUGAGCGAAAGCCAGUUCAAGUACACGGUGUUUAAUGCGGGUCCGAGGUUGUGUGUGGGCAAGAAGUUUGCAUAUACACAAAUGAAAAUGGUGGCUGCUUCGAUUUUAUUAAGGUAUAGAUUGAAAGUUGUUGAAGGUCAUGUAGUGUGUCCAAAAGUAAACACUACACUUUACAUGAAGCAUGGAUUAUUGGUUACAAUGGAGCCUAGGGAAAAAGAUAAUUGAUGUUAAUUUUGACAUUGGGCCGGGCUGAUGCUUGCUUCUUCUUUGUUGUAAUGGUUACCAAUUUAAUUGGUUAAUUAGAGUUG